AUGGCUGAAGUAGUCAAAAAAAUAGAAAACUUGGUGGUUUCUGACAACCAGGAUGGUGCUCAGAAGCCCGCCAAGAAGGAAAAGAAAAAGGAUAUUCCCCAGAAUCCAUUGAUGUUGAAUCCACAACCAGAAUUCAUCGAAUCUCGUAUCAAAAUGUUCGAUGAAUUAAAGGCACAAUAUGAUGCUGAAAUUGCUGCCAAGGAACGUAAGGAUAUCAAAAUCACCCUUAAGGAUGGCAGUGUACGCGUAGGUACCGCGUACGAGACUACUCCUUUGAGCAUUGCCAUUGAUAUCGGAAAGUCAUUUUCAGAAAGACAGGUUAUAAGUAAGGUCAAUGGCACUUUGUGGGACUUGGAAAGACCUCUUGAAGACGAUGUGUCGCUUGAGUUCUUGGAUUUUGACCAUCCCGAAGGAAAAGCUGUUUUCUGGCACUCUUCUGCCCACGUCUUGGGAGAAUCGUGUGAGUGCCAUCUCGGAGGUCUCAUUUGUUACGGACCUCCUACUGAAGAUGGGUUUUUCUACGAUGUUUCUUUCGACAAUGGUGAGAGAGUCAUUACUCAGGGUGACUUUGGAAACCUCGAAAAAGUGUCCACCAAGGCCAUCAAGGAAAAGCAAAAAUUUGUCAGAUUGGAAAUGACCAAAGAACAAUUGUUGGAAAUGUUCAAGUACAACAAAUACAAGGUCAAGUUCAUUUCCGACAAGAUCCCCGAUGGAACCUCCUCCACCGUCUACAGAUGUGGCCCAUUGAUUGACUUGUGUCUUGGUCCUCAUAUUCCUCACACCGGAAAGAUCAAGUCGUUCAAACUUUUGAAGAACUCGUCUUCAUACUUUUUGGGUGACGCUAACAACGACUCUUUGCAAAGAAUCUACGGUAUUUCCUUCCCUGACAAAAAGUUGAUGGACGAGCACCUCAAAUUUUUGAAAGAAGCUGCCGAUAGAGAUCACAGAAAGAUUGGUAGAGAACAAGAAUUAUUCUUCUUCAACGAAAUGUCGCCUGGCUCCGCCUUCUGGUUGCCCCAUGGUACCAGAAUCUACAACCGCUUGGUCGAUUUGAUGCGUUCUGAAUACAUUCAAAGAGACUUCCAAGAGGUCAUCACUCCAAACAUGUACAACUCCAAGUUGUGGGAAACUUCUGGUCACUGGGGUAACUACAAGGAGAACAUGUUCACUUUUGAUGUAGAGAAAGACUCUUUUGGAUUGAAGCCUAUGAACUGUCCAGGCCAUUGCUUGAUUUUCAAGUCGAGAGAAAGAUCUUAUAGAGAGUUGCCAUGGCGUGUUGCCGAUUUCGGUGUGAUCCACAGAAACGAGUUUUCUGGUGCUUUAUCGGGAUUGACCCGUGUCCGUCGUUUCCAGCAGGACGAUGCUCAUAUUUUCUGUACUGAAGAACAAAUUGAGGAUGAAAUUGCUGGAUGUUUCGACUUUUUGCAAAAAGUGUAUGGCAUUUUUGGAUUUGAGUUCAAGAUGGAGCUUUCUACCCGUCCAGAGAAGUACGUGGGAGAGUUAGAGACAUGGAACAAUGCUGAGGCCAAAUUGGAAAGCGCUUUGAACAAGUUCUUAGGCGAAGGAAAGUGGGAGCUCAACCCUGGAGAUGGUGCUUUCUACGGACCAAAGAUAGAUAUUAUGAUCAGCGAUGCGUUGAAGAGAUCAUUCCAAUGUGCAACUAUUCAAUUAGAUUUCCAAUUGCCCAACAGAUUUGAAUUGGAAUUCAAGGCUGAAACCAGUUCUCAUGCCAGACCAGUUAUGAUCCACAGAGCCAUCUUGGGAUCCGUGGAAAGAAUGGCUGCCAUUUUGACCGAGCACUUUAAGGGCAGAUGGCCAUUCUGGUUGUCGCCAAGACAAAUUUUGGUGGUUCCAGUUGGAGUCAAGUACAACGACUAUGCUCAAUCCAUACAACAAAAGUUGAGUAAAGACCACGCAUUCUACGCCGAUGUUGACUUGUCAGGUAACACUUUGCAGAAGAAAGUGAGAAGCGGACAAUUAUUGCAGUACAACUUUAUUUUCAUUGUUGGUGAACAAGAACAAGCUGAGCAAAGUGUCAAUAUUCGUAACAGAGACAUUCAAUCAGAGCAGGGUAAGAACGAAACCGUCAAGUUUGGCGACGUGGUCAAGCAAUUGAAGAGCUUACGAGAUGAGUUGCGCAAAGACAACAAGUUGGCAUAA